AUUUCAACUCUACUUGAUCAGUCGACAUCGCGAGUCUGUAGCUACGAGAUUGUUUUCAAUCGGUGUUGUCUUUGCUUUCAACUGCACUAGCACAUAGUUUCCCACCUACGAAGAUGAGCUGGCUGAUCUCAGCGGUCUUCCUCCUGGUGUCCCUUUGUGCCUUAGCGAAGGGCCAGGACACGAUUUCGGCGAUGUGCCUCUCGGACGAACGGUGCACCACUGUGAAGCGUUGCGAAGACUCGGAUGAUUCCGGUCGCAGGGGAAUUAGGCCACGCAGCUCCCGCAUCUGCGGCACCCAAAGGGUCUGCUGCGAGAAGGCCCAGCUGGACAGCUAUGACAGAUGGCUGGCUGAGAGGACCACAACCGUGCCCUCAACGAUUCGAAACAAGGUGUCCAGUGUUCUGGAACCGCCGCCGAACGAGAGCUGCGGUCAGAACAUGGAGUGUGUGCCCAGGAAGCUGUGCCGCGACAAUAUCAUCAACGACUCGGGGAUCAGCCUGAUCAAUCCGAGGAUCAGCCCGAUUCAGUGCAGCAAGUCCUUGUACCGCUGUUGCGCCGUGGAUCAAAAGGUGGAUGAUAACGAAAGUCCGUACUUGGUGAAGCAGGCGAACUUCAAGUACAAGAACUGCGGCUAUAGCAAUCCAAAGGGUCUGAUCCCCGACAACGACAAGUUCCCCUACUCGGAGGACGUAUCCAUAUUCGGAGAGUUUCCUUGGAUGGUGGGCAUCUUCACUGGCCGCCAAGAGUUUCUGUGCGGCGGCACUCUCAUCCAUCCGCAGUUGGUAGUCACCACUUCGCACAAUCUGGUCAACGAGACGGUGGACACCUUGGUGGCCAGAGCUGGCGACUGGGAUCUGAACAGCCUGAACGAGCCGUAUCCGCACCAAGGCAGCCGUAUUAAGGAGAUCAUCAUGCACUCCGAAUUCGAUCCGAACUCGUUGUACAACGACAUAGCACUAUUGCUCCUCGACGAACCCAUCCGACUGGCUCCUCACAUCCAGCCGCUGUGCUUGCCGCCUCCAGAAUCUCCGGAGUUGACCAACCAGCUGCUCUCGUCCACCUGUUACGCCACUGGUUGGGGCACCAAGGAGGCGGGCAGCGACAAGCUGGAGCAUGUGCUCAAGCGGAUCAACCUGCCACUGGUGGAGCGGGAAGAGUGUCAGGCGAAGCUUCGGAACACACGGCUAGAGGCUCGCUUCCGGCUGCGACCGAGUUUCAUCUGCGCCGGCGGAGAUCCUGGCAAGGACACCUGCAAGGGCGACGGCGGCUCACCGCUCUUCUGCCAAAUGCCUGGCGAAAUGGAUCGGUACCAGCUAGUGGGCAUCGUGUCCUGGGGCGUCGAAUGCGCCGUGGAAGACAUUCCGGCCGUGUACGUCAACGUGCCCCAUCUGCGCGGCUGGAUUGACGAGAAGAUCAGAGGACUUGGAAUCGUGCUGCAGGCGCAAUAAGCUCAAACUAAACGAUGCAAAUGAAAAAUAAGAAGCAAACGUGGUUUUUUUACCAAAUAAAACAAAACUCGAUAUGUGUAAGUCAGCGGUCGGCAUAUGUAUAUUUAAACAUGGAUACUUUGUGGUGAACGAGAUCACUCCCUUCUUUAUAAUCCCAGAAUAGUCGUCAAAAAUUUACAAAUUCUUUUAAUAUUUUUAGAUUUUAUUACUCGUAUUGCCGGUUUUCAUCGAUAUAUAGAAGACAUUACAAAAUUCUGUUGUGACAUGGUAGUUUUUUUCUAGGUAACUAAUAUUCUUCAUUUAGAAAAUACAUGUCAAAGAUUUAAUUUAAUCGCACGUUUUCAUUUCUACCGCACUAUCUUUCUCUAAGAAACAGGUAUCAGAUAGUCGAGUGACUCAACAUUACCACAAUAUCUGGUUUCAUUCAAUAAAAAUAAGGAUUUGCUGGUCGCCAAA